AUCGCCUGUCGUGUGGUUCAAAUCGUUUUCCAACCUUCGAAAAAUUAAAAGUUUAAUUAUUUUCAAAAAAUACUUAAUUAAUUGUGAACUAUUAUUGUGAAUUGUGUUUAAAAAAUGAGAAAAAAUGCUCUUAAAGCUACUUAAACUUCCAUUUGUGUUGGUGUUGUGCUUGCAAAUAGUAUCCGUGAAAGGAUCUAGGUAUAAUGUGGAGCAGCGUGCCCAGCUUGUGAGACAGUCGAACGAUAACCUGCUCCUCGAGGCAGCAAAGGAUCAGAAUGUGACCCUGCGAUUGAUGGGCGAGUCGGCCACCGUGACGAUCAACGAUGUGGACCUGCUGAAGUUUCUCCGACGCCGCCAACGGAUCAUAGCCGAUCGCCAGGCAUUAGCUCGAAGGGAACCCCUCUCGAUAGACGCCUUCAGGGAUCAGAUUCGGGAUACGGAGCGCAAAAUGAAACAGAUACAGCAAAGGGUCCUAAAUGCGAAAAACUCCACGCGAAGGGGUAGACUCAAUCAACGCAUCCUGCGCCGCCAACUGCAACGUGUGGAACUCGUCUCUAAAUUAUUGGACACCCUCUAUCGGAAUCUGUACAUGGACGAGUGCGUUUCCAGUCCGUGCCAGAACGGCGGAACCUGCCACGACGCCUACAACGGCUUCCAGUGCGAGUGUACAUCCAGUUGGCAAGGGGAUACUUGCACGGAGGAUGUUAAUGAGUGCGCCACCUUGGCAGGAACGGAUCUGGCCGGCUGUCUAAACAAUGGCCAGUGCAUAAACACUCCCGGCAGCUAUCGAUGCGUUUGUCGAAAUGGUUUCUCUGGCAGCCACUGCCGCCUCCGGAGCAAUUCCUGCAUUGGCAGUGGAUCACGGGAACUCUGCGGCGAGCACGGCACCUGCAUCCAAGCGGGCAAUUCCGUCGGCUAUGUGUGCAUCUGCGAUCAGGGAUGGACGUGGGCAGAUGCCAACAUGACCUCCGCCAGUCCCAGUGCCUGCACCCGGGAUGUGGACGAGUGCGAGCCGCGCGUGAAUCCCUGCCACGAUGUGUGCAUCAAUCUGCCGGGCAGCUUUCGCUGCGGACCCUGUCCUCCGGGAUACACUGGCGAUGGCCGCUUCUGUCGGGACAUAGACGAAUGUGCCGGCGAGGACAACGGCGGCUGUAGCCUGCAGCCGAGGGUGGCUUGCACCAACACGGAGGGAUCGCAUCGCUGUGGCCGCUGUCCACCGGGUUGGACUGGCGACGGACGCACAUGCAAGGCCGCCGACUCCAAUUCCUGUAACGACGAGAGUAUCUGCCAUCCGCUGGCCAAGUGCGAGUACCUCUCCGACACGGUGGUGUGCACCUGUCCGCUGGGCAGCUUUGGACAUGGCUACGGCGCCGAUGGUUGCACCACGGACUCCAACCGGCUGCCCUGCGAACAGCAUCCCUGCCAGAACAAUGGUACCUGCGUGCAGAAUGGUAGGGGAACCACCUGCAUAUGUCAGCCUGGUUAUCUGGGCGCUGUGUGCAACUCGUCGGAUGCCUGUCAUCCAAGUCCCUGCCUAAAUGGCGGAACCUGUCGGCUGUUGCCGAAUAAUAAGUACCAGUGCUCCUGCAGACAAGGCUACACCGGCACCUCCUGCUCCCAUCGGCGAUUCUUUUGUGGAGCAACAAUCCGCGGGCCUUCAGGCCAACUUCAUUACCCACCCAUAGCCGAUGAACACUAUCAGGCGAAUGAGCGCUGUCCGUUUAUCAUACGCACAUUACAGAAUAUGGUGCUAAAUGUGACCUUCACCAAGUUUAAUCUGCAGGACAGCACCGACUGCAGCGACGACUUCUUGCAGCUCAACGAUGGCCAAUCCCUAGCAUCGCGCAUAAUUGGCCGGUUCUGUGGCUCACGUUUGCCCCUACAAAACGGUAGUGUGAUUUCCAGCCAGGAGCAGGUCUUUUUCUGGUUCCGAUCCGACAACGAGACGCAGGGAGAAGGAUUCGAGCUGACAUGGAACUCUUUGCCGUUCGCCUGCGGCGAAACCAUUAACCUUACAAUGACGCAGACUGGCGUUGUGCGAUCUCCGGGCUAUCCUGGCCAGGCCCGACCGGGACUCGACUGUCGCUGGCAACUGACGGCGCCCUUUGGCAGACGGUUGCUCCUUCGCUUCUACGAGAUAUCGCUGGGUAGCACCGAAACAGCCGCCGUGAACUGCAGCCAGGACUCCCUCAUUGUCUACGACUCAGAUCGCCAGCUGCUCCGGGCAUGCCAAUCACUCCAGCCGUCGCCGUUGUACAGCUCUUCAAAUAGCUUGCGCAUGGACUUCCACACGGAUGCAGUUAGAGCGGAUAGCUCCUUCCAGAUGCACUACGAGGUGGUGCCGGCCCAGCCGGGAUGCGGAGGCGUCUACACGGAGUCGCGAGGCCGCAUUAGUGGCUACAUGAAUGCCGAGGUCUGUCUCUAUCUGAUAGAACAGCCCCAGGAAACUCAAGUAAAGUUGGUGUUCGAUCAGGUAAAUCUAAUACAGUCCGAGAAUUGUAGCAUGCAGAAGAUCGAGAUCUUUGACGGAAGAACGCCGGAUUCGCCACUUAUGCAACGCUUUUGUGGUCGACCGGAAGUCAGUGAACUGAAACCGCUGAUUUCCUCAAGUAAUGUGAUCCUAGUGCGCUAUGAAUACCCACUUAAUGGCAUAAAGCUGGAAAAAAGCUUCGAUUUCAGUUAUUCCAGAGUGUGCACUGGCAGCUUUGGAGGCAUGGGUGGCAUCAUCAGUACCCCAAAUUACCCGCACUCGUAUCUCGACGAUAUGACCUGCACUUACAACUUGACUGGGCCGAUUAAUAGGUUGGCUCAUAUCACAAUCACAGACCUAUCUCUGGGCACUGUCAAUAAUGAAAAUGAAACAACUUAUUUGGAUGUAUAUUUAUCGCAUGAUGAAAAGCGUCAUAUUAUAAAGUCAGCGCAGAACCUUACCCUAAUCGCACAUUCAAAUCGGGCUAGUCUGGUCUUCCACGGAUCAGGUAGUGGUCGUGGAAUGCGAAUGGAAUACCACUAUAUGAAUAGGUAUUGUGGUGGGUUUCUCGACAAACCUGGAAAGAAAAUAUACCAACCUGUACCCACAUCUUGUCAGUGGAUUAUUGAUAUUCCAGGAAAAAAACGAAUCAUAAUUAAGUCUUUCAUCUACGAAUCAAACAUAUUCGUAUAUGACAAUAGCACAGUCCCAGGAACUUUGUUAGCGACUAAUUCGAAGGUCGUGGAUGAUGUGUUCGAUGGAGAUCUUUUGACAAUAAACAUUUCAAAUGAAAAAAGAAGGGGGAGGUCCGACUUAUGUUCGAUUUUGUUUGAAAUGGUUGAACAAGAUAGUUGUGGAGGAACGUUCACAGGACGCAAUGGCUACAUAAAAUCACCGAAUUGGCCAAAGGCUUAUGGAAACUCCGAGGAAUGUGAGUGGAUCUUACGAGCACCGCUUGGCCACCGCCUCGAAUUGGUGGUGAAAAACUUUACGCUAGAAAAAGGAAUGGAUGGAUGCAUGAACGACUGGCUGGAGAUCAGAAAUGGGGACUCUGAAUCGUCUCCACUAAUUGGACGAUAUUGUAGUACUGAUAUUCCAAGUCGGCUACCCUCGUUUGGAAAUGCAAUGCAUCUGAAAUUCCGUUCCGAUGGGUCCAUACAGUACAAGGGAUUCCUUCUAAACUGGCAGCAAACUGGAGUCGGAUGUGGCGGCAAACUAAGCUCAUCCACGGGGAGCAUCCAUUCGCCGCAUUUAUUGGAGGGAAAUCGUGGUGUUCUGAGCUGCGACUGGCAGAUUGUCGUCGCCGAGGGAUCCAGGGUAGACCUGCAGCUUGAGAGCAGGGACGAGCGUCUUUGCAUCGGUCACCUGGCCAUAUACGAUGGCCCCACUAUCCUCAGCAAUAAAUUGGUAAUUCGCUGCAACGGAACGACUGCCCAACCGCUACAGUCCACCGGAAAUCGCGUCCUAGUCCGUUACGAUGUGAGCCAUGAGUCACCGGAUGGCACCGGAUUCGUGCUAAACUACCAAACGAAUUGUCGAGUUCGACUCGAAGACCUGCAGGGGGCCAUCGAAUCGCCCAACUUCCCGGAGAAUUAUCCACCAAAUCUAGACUGCGAAUGGGAUAUUCGUGCUGGCGGAGGAAAGAAUCAAUUGCAGAUUGUAUUUUCACACCUUCAACUCGAGUCCUUUGCUUCUCUCUGCCUACAUGACAAAGUGACGUUUACAGACAUGUGGGACAACAAUGUUAUAAAAAUUAAAAAUUAUUGCCGUCUCAAUGGCAUAGCCCCCAUCACUACUGCUGGCAAUCGGUUGCUUGUGCGCUUCCAAAGCGAUUUCUCAUUUGCGGAGCAAGGCUUCCGGAUCGAGUACAAGCGUAUAGGGUGUGGAGAGCAUUUCCACGCAGCCCUAGGAUCGUUUGAAUCACCGAAAGCUCCCUUUAGCGUGGACAUGGACUGCGUUUGGACCAUCACAGCAUUGGAGGAAUCACAAAUCGUGCUCUUGCUGCGUCAUGUCCACUUCGAGGGUGCACAGGGCGACUGUAGCGAGGCGGACUCUAAGCUGUCCGUUUCGGCACCGAAUGGUUUCAAUUCCUCCGUGAUGCUCUAUCAGACCUGCCGCGAUCAGACGGAGGAGCAAACCUUAAUAUCUCCGGGUAAUGAGUUAAAAGUUCGCUUUGCUAGCAGCUCUGCGCCAGGUAGGAAAUACUUCGCGGCCAGCUUUUCUCAGAGGACAGCCAGAUGUGGAGGUUACAUUAGCGCCAGCAGCGGAAUGCUAGCCACUCCUGGCUUUCAUAAUCAGCAGGACAGCAGCAACGUCGCCAAUUACUCAUCAAGCGUGGAGUGCUUAUGGACUGUGGAGGUAACGAAAAGCUAUGGUAUGAUCCUACGUUUUGAGCAGUUCAACCUCACAAGUUCGGACAACUGCUCGCUCAGUUCUGUGGAACUCAUUAAGCUCAGGUCGGACGACAAGGAGCAAAUUCUGGAAAAAGCCUGCGAUGACGUGUCACCCAUGAUCCGAAGAUUUUUCGGACAGAAGCUGCGUGUCCGGUUUAAAGCCGAAGCCGGAACUUGGGGACGGUUUGCCAUGCAUUUUGAGCGCAUGUGUGGUGGGCCGCUCAGAACCGGGGAAGGCUAUUUGCAAUCUCGGCUAGACGAGGACUGCGAAUGGCUUGUUUCCUCACCGGAGGGCAGCAAACUUAGCCUAAGUAUCAAUCAACUGGAAUGCCCGAAAUGUGCCGUAGCCUCGAGCAAUUGCCCGGUUCUUCAACUGAUCAACGACGAUGAUGAGGACGUGCUCUACGAAUUGUGCCGCGAUCACCCUGCCAAUUUAAUUGUGCCCGCCAACAAUGUGCGCAUCGUGACCAUAGGAAUUAGGCUGCAGGCGCAGUACAGCACUUUUGAGAAUUCGUGCGGCGGAAACAUCACAUCCGCCCGCGGAAGCCUCAGUUCGCCCAACUACCCGGAUAGUUAUCCGUCCAACAUUGAGUGCGUUUGGUCCAUCGAGGCGCGACCGGGAAAUGCUCUGGAAAUCAACUUCGAGGCCAUGGAUAUUGUCCGCUCCGAGCAUUGCAACGAGGACUUCCUGGAGCUGCGCUCUGGCGUUCAGGGUCAGCUCCUGGGCCUGUACUGCGAUAGGAAAUUGCCGGAGAGUCCCUUGGUGGUAAAUACCGAUCUUUGGAUUAAAUUCCGCAGCUCACCAGGCAACACCGCUGGAGGUUUCCGUUUACGCUGGAGUUACGUGCACAACAUCGAAAUUACAAUGAGCACCAAUGGAACAAUUGAACCGCCUCCACCGCUUUUGGUUAAAGGCGAGGAUCAGCCCUUCACCUGGCGCAUUUUCACAGAGCGCAACAAGGUGUUGGUCUUGUUGUUUGAGGAAUACAUUUCCGGUCUUUCGCUCUUCGAUGGCUAUGAUGAUAGUGCCUUAGAGGUCAACAUUGCAGCCUGUCCUUGGACAUUCACCUCCAGCAGCAAUGUGGUAUACUUGAAGACGAUUAAUGCGGAAAUUAGCGAGUUUCGUUUAAAGUGGCACGUGCUCGGUUCCCAUCUAGUAAAUGGUAACCUCUCCCUGACCUCCAAGGAGUGUACGCAGGAGCUGAUAGCAUCCUCUAAACCGAUUGAAUUAUUUUCGCCGGGAUAUCCACAUGGCUACGCACCCAAUCUGAAAUGCGAAUGGACCAUACGGCCAGAGGACCCUUCACAACACAUCCUCGCCUAUUCAUACGAAGCCGAUCUGGAGGUCUUUAACGAAUGCUUCGCCGAUUAUCUUAAAAUUCAGAGUUCGCCUGACCUCAACCACUGGACUGAUGAGGUCCGUGUUUGCAAAAAACCUGAAUCCAAGGGAGCGAUUACCCCAGUUCACGGCACGCCAAAUCUGCGAUUACAAUUCCACAGUGAUGUAUCCAUUAAUGGUACUGGUUUUAAAGCAAGCCUCCGAACUGCCUGUGGCUCUAAUAUGACAGACAUUGUGGGUACCAUUUCAGUGCCCUAUGAGGAUACAGGUGAAUGCGCUUGGCACAUCGAUGUGCGGCCAGGUCGAAAAAUAGACAUCACGAUUAGAUAUAAUUUCAUGACAUCUCCCGAUGACUGUGAGGUGUAUGGCCUUAUAUACGAUGGAUUAGAUGACCAUGCGCCCUUGCUAAAGCAUAGCAAAUUCUGUGCCAAGGAUGGCUUUAGAAUAACAUCAUUUCGGACGAGCAGCUCGCAUGCCUACAUCAAAUUCCAUCUCGGCAGACAAAACAAAUUAAUAAGGCCUUGGACUCUCACAUACCGAGAGUUUAAUGAAUGUAAUGGAGAGAUUAAGUUGACCCAGCAGGCCCCCAACUUUGUGGUCAUGUCACCAGGAUAUCCCAAUUUACCCCAACCGCAUUCGGAAUGCACGUGGUUAGUUAUGGCGCCGGCGGGGGAGACCAUCGCGGCCAACUUUGAUGAGCCAUUCGAAAUAAGUGCUCGGCACUGCGACAAGGAGAAUGUGGAGUUGUUUGACGGCUCCACCAAGCUGGCCCCCAGCUUGAUUCGCACCUGCCGGAAGCCACAGGCCACGGUGCGCAGUACUGGAAACCUGAUUCUGGUCCACUACCAAUCGCAGCUUAAUGAACCCAGUGGAGGUUUCCGGCUCAACUUGUCAGUGAGCACAUGUGGUGGCCAGUUCACGGGGUCAAAUGGGUUCCUCACCUCGGAGAACUAUCCGAGUCUGGGUGGAUAUACGAAGCCAUCGUUGUGUGUGUACAGCAUUCGGUUUCGCAAGGACACGUUCAUCCAGUUAAACAUCACGGAUCUGCACCUGCCGUUUGAUCCAAAUGGAACAUCCUCAAAUGACACCAGCGAUCGCCUGGAAAUCGUUGACUUGGCGGACCCAACUAAGGUACUAUAUGUCCUGGACGGAAGUACAAUCACGCCCAAUCUCGUCACCCUGAGCACAAACGCUGCCGCCAUUCGAUUUGUCGCAAUCACAAAUGUUAACAACUAUAGGGGCUUCAAGUUACAGUAUAAGCGCGUCCUUGGAACGUGCUCGCAGGAUAUAAAUGGUGUUGCAGGGGACAUUGUGAUCCCGCCUUUGUCACCGACAACCUGGCUGAGAUUCUGUCGCUUGACCAUCAAUGUGCCCAAGGGACAGAGGGUGCGGCUGAAUCUUCUUAAUUUAGCUGAUAUUCGCGUUGUCACUCCAAGUAGUGAUAGCCGAUUUUUAAUUCGCCAACACUCAACAAAUUUAAAGCACUUCGCCUUCUACAACGACCCAAACUCACUUUCCAAGAUCACUGAAUUCCGGGUCAAUAACUACAACGGCAGUGGAAUAAUCGAGUCAACAGACAAUUUUAUGCUCGUCGUUAUAAUGACACAUCAGUUGGAUUUGAGCAGCACUGCGCUAAAAUUCCACUACAGCUCCAGCGAACCAACAGUCUGUCCGCCUGAAAUUGGAGACCAGUCAGCGGGAUCGCUUUCCAUCCAGACGCUCCUCCAGCUGCCCAACUACUAUUGCAUCAUUAAGUUUUCGGGUGCUGCAGGUACAACGAUCACUUUUAAGGUCGAGGAGUACCUGUUCCAGACAGUUGGCGGUCCAGCAGUUUUGUUUUACGAUGAGGUUCAGCGUCAUCCGUUCAAGUCAAUGUACGCCAAUGUCACCAAUAGCUUUGUAUCUUUGGCCACCACGGGUGGACAUGUGACGCUUUUGAAUACCGCAAGCGUUAAGUUGCGCCGCUUCCGAGCCACUUAUCGACGUCACAGCUGCGGCGGACGACUACAGGCGGCUGAGGGACUUAUCAUUCAGUCUCCUGGGCUCCUGAAUACCCUUGGUGAAGAAUAUGGUGAACUUGAGUGCCUCUGGACGCUAAGCAACAGUGAUGGCUAUGUGCUGGAGGGAAUUGCAAACCUUACCGACCGUUGCGAUCGGGAAUACAUUGUGAUCUUUAGCGGGCAGACGGAAAUUAGUCGAAUUUGUCGAGGCAUGACCGUAAAUAGCACGAUUCUACAGAGUCCUACCUUCAAUAUUCUCUUUCAUUCGGAUACCCGACUUAUCCGAAGUAGUCAGUUCAGACUGCAAAUUCGGCGGUCCAUGUCCGUCGGCAAUGUGGUGCGCCUUGAACAGGCACCAUCGCCACCGGUGACGAUAACGAGCAAGGAUUACUUGAAGAACACGGAGCGCAUAUGGGAGUUUGUCACCAAAACUGGGCUAUCUUUGAAGUUACAUUUUCAGGAUCGUUUCUUCAUCGUGAUGUCCCCCAACUGUACAAACGAUCGGUUGACUAUAGAGCGUUACGAUCAAUCGGCUGGAGCGUUUGUUGAGGUGACCAGCCUCUGUGGCAGGGAAACGCCGGUCGCAAUUCUAGUGCCAUCUUCCCGGAUCCGAGUGAUAUUCCGCACGAAUUCUAAUAUGACGGGCGACGGUUUUAGUUUCCAAGUCUUCCCCAGCUGCGACGCCGUACUGCAGGCCACAGCAGAUGUCCAGACCCUCGACACUCCCCCAUGGAGGGGCUACCGCUGGCAGCAGUUUAACUGCAGCUACGUAUUCCUCGCAAGCAACGAACACCAACUAGUGGUCAGUGUAAAAAACCGAGGAAUGCCAUUGACGUCACUUGGCUGCAGCAAAUCCUACUUCGAGGGUUAUCGUCUGGGCACUGAAAAUCAGGAAACAAGUUUGGGCAAGCUCUGUCCCGAAUUCGAGGUGAAUGGUUAUGGAAAACUUCGCCUGCAGUAUCUUACCUCAGUGACUCGUAUGUUUGAGCUGCAAUACCAUUUAAUUCGAUGCGGCGGCGACCACAACGCAUCCUUUACCCUUCGUCCGCCGCAGGAUGAAGAGAACGGUGUAUACGCCCACAACAAGAUGUGCGAAUGGAGGGUCUUCGCACCUCCGCAGCACGCCAUUGUCAUAGAGUUUAAGUACUUUGAUAUGGAAAAAAGCACGAACUGCCUUUUCGACAGUCUGGCCAUUUACCGAGGCAAAAUUGCCGACUUGGAGCAGAGGAUAGUGCAACUAUGCGGCAAUCAGACAAAUCCUCCAACCAUCAUGGUGGACAGCAACGAGGCACUGAUUGCCCUAUCCACGGACAGUUCCAUCAAUAGCCGGGGCUUCCUGGCCAGCGUGCGCUUCACGCCCAACUGCAAUGAGCACUUGAUCCUGGACUCGGAAGUGCCACGUAUGAAUUUGAUGCGGUCGUACAGAAUCAAUGUCACCAACCCGCUGUUAUGCUACUUCCGAGCUCUUGUCACUCCGGAUUACCGACUUUCCUUGGAGGUGCGAAAGCUGAAACUGAACGAUCCUAGCUGCUUGACCUGCAGCUACCUAGAGAUCUAUGAUGGCCCACAAAAAGACGGCCAAAAGCUGGGGAGAUACUAUGGAGCGGGCGCGAACAGGACCAAGGUGUUCAGUUCCUACUUGGGCAUGGAGAUCAAGCUGAGCGCCACAACCAGGCAGGAUAUGAACAUCAGCUUCGAGCUGAUCUUGCAACUGCAACGUACUUUAUGUGGGAAAACGGAGUACGACAUGCGGUUAAAUGAGACCAUUAAACUAGGAAUACAGUACGACAAUAGCACAAGUAGCUACGAGGGAAGUAUCCAAUGUACUUGGAUAAUUAAAAAUGAAGGAGAUUUGGAAUUUGAUUUCCAAAAGCUACGCCUUAAGGAUAUAUCCCAGCGUUCUGGGAAAUGCGAGGACUAUUUGAAACUGUCCAAGCCUUAUUUCACCAGAUCCUUUUGCGGACAACACGAGAAAAGCUUCAAAUUGAUUGAAGAAGUCGGUGAAUCUGGCAUGCAACUCACCUUCCACAGCGACAAACUCGAGGAAUCCCAAGGGUUUGAAGUUAUCAUCCGACGAAAGCCAAAUUGCAAUCGAAACUACACGGAACUGAGCCAGAUAAUUAAUACCAAAGAUCUAAUCAACUGUACAGAAUAUAUUCGUGUGCCAAAAGGCUACAGCAUUACGAUAUACGUUUUGUCUUUGGAUUUUGACAGAGUAAAUGUUAAUUACUUCAACGUGACGGAUCUUAAUUCAAACAAGACUAUUUUUACCACUUCUCACGUCCAAUGGGAAACCGUAGCCAGGAUUACGACUACCAACGAGUUGCGUCUUGAUAGCCGUGGAGUAAUGUCCCUCCAGUUCUUCUACUUUUCCACUAGCAACCAAUUUCCCAGCGGCUGUGGUGGUGAGCUCGCGGUGCAUGGUUCGAUGGGAAGUUACUUGGAGAAUCCCUCCUACGAAGGCCGCAAUAGUUCAUUGUGUAGUUGGUCUAUAACUGUACCCGCAGGCGGUAACCUACGAUUUAGUUUCCAAGAAUUCAACAUGGGCUCGGAAACCAACUGUGGUCUGGACAAUAUUCGAUUUUAUGGCAACUAUAUUGACGGCCGCAGACUUGAAAAAACCCUCUGUGGAUCAAAAAUUCCAAAUUAUUUUAGCAUAGCCAAUAAUAACGUUACUGUCAUUGCAAAAAAGUCGCCCAAUUUUGAUGGAUUAGGUUUCAAAAUGGAUAUUAAUCAUAUAGAUUGAAAGGUGCGAGGUUUUCAAUAAUUUCUUUAUUUUAUCAAUACAAGUAAUUCAAGUAGCUAAUAAAGUACGUGGUUUAAUACUUAUAUUCACAAGUAACCAGAUAUUGAUUUAACGGUUUUAAGUCUUGAAUUCGACUAAUUAAAAAUAUAAUGAAACAUAACAAUUUACAAUAUAAUACUUUUUUAAUGUAAUUUUAAAAUUCGGAAGUAAAGGUACAUAUAUAAGCAGUAAGAAAGUUGAAAUAAACUUUUAAGAUCUACAAAAAAAUUUAAAUAAAAAUGAAAUAAUGUUGCUGACUUCGCUGUGCAAGGAUGUAAUGUACCCCCGUAUGAAAAAAAGAAAAAACUUUAUGUACUUUGGCCAGUUUUUCUUACUGAUGAAUGAACUAAAAUUUGGACACAGUGAAAAAGCUCUUGUGUAAGAUUAAAUAAUUAAACUGAAAUAACUUUUUUUAUCAUUGUUACAUUUUAAAGUAAUGUAAAUAAAGAAAGCAAUACU